UUAAUUCGGAGAUACUCAUUUGCAUUUUGUCAUUUAGGAGAUUCAGUUCUUUUUUAUUAAUGUAAUAAACAUUUAUUUGGAAUAAUUCAGCAUGACGUAUUCGGAUAUUGCGAAAUGCACAUUGGACUGAAAUUAAACAAAAACUGUGCGUAAGAAAAGGAAAAGCCAAGAGGUGGAGGACGAGAGUGAUCACUUUGAACCCAAAGCGUCACGCAGAGUUUCGGGGAUAGACGUGUUGUUCCAGAAGGAAAAUAACAUUUGGUUUAACGCGGAGAGGAGACUUUGACAGCAAGUUCCUUUCAAAAACGAAAGGGUGAAGAUACACCCAACAAGAUGGAUACAUCUUCGCUGUUUGGAUUUUUACUGGCAUUUUGUUUAACAUUAAGAGUUCAGGGAGAUGAGGGGGAGGUGUGCGGUGGUCAUCUGGACGCCAGCGACGCGGGGUACAUCACCUCCCCGGGGUACCCCCACGAGUACCCGCCCCACCAGAACUGCCAGUGGGUGAUCAGCGCCCCCGAGCCCUCCCAGCGAAUCGUCCUCAACUUCAACCCCCACUUCGAGCUGGAGAAGCUGGACUGCAGGUAUGACUUCAUCGAGAUCCGGGAUGGGAAGUCUGCUAACGCUGACCUGUUGGGGAAGCACUGCAGCAACAUUGCCCCGCCCGCCAUUAUCUCCUCCGGCCCAGUGCUCUACAUCAAGUUCGCCUCCGACUACGCCCACCAGGGGGCAGGAUUCUCGCUGCGCUACGAGAUCUUUAAGACAGGUUCGGACUUCUGCUCCCGGAACUUCACCAGCCUGUCCGGUGUGAUCGAGUCGCCCGGGUUCCCGGACAAGUAUCCCCACAACCUGGAGUGCACCUUCAUCAUCAUUGUGCCGCCCCGCAUGGAUGUCACGCUCACCUUCCUGACCUUUGACCUGGAGAAUGACCCCCUGCAGGUGGGAGAGGGGGACUGCAAGUACGACUGGCUGGAGGUGUGGGACGGCCUGCCACAGGUGGGGCCCCUGAUUGGACGGUACUGCGGCACGAAGACCCCUCCGGAAAUCCAGUCGUCCACGGGCCUCCUGUCUCUGUCCUUCCACACCGACACGGCUGUGGCCAAGGACGGCUUCUCCGCCCGCUACAACAUGACACACAAGGAAGUCAGCGACACCUUCCACUGCAGCAGCGCGUUUGGUAUGGAGUCCGGCAAGAUCUCGGACGACCAGAUCUCAGCGUCCUCCUCCUUCGAAGACGGCCGCUGGUCUCCCCGACAGGCGCGGCUCAACAACGAAGACAACGGCUGGACCCCCGCUGAGGACAGUAAUAAAGAAUACAUACAGGUCGACCUGAACUUCCUCAAGGUCCUGACGGGCAUCGCCACCCAGGGCGCCAUCUCCAAGGAGACGCAGAAGUCGUACUACGUCACCACCUUCAAGCUGGAGGUCAGCACCAACGGGGAGGACUGGAUGGUCUACCGGCACGGGAAGAACCACAAGGUUUUCCACGCCAACACGGACCCCUCGGAGGUGGUUCUGAACCGCAUCCCCCAGCCCGUCCUGGCCCGCUUCGUCCGGAUCCGGCCGCAGACCUGGAAGAACGGGAUCGCCAUGCGCUUCGAGCUCUACGGCUGUCAGAUCACGAAUGCUCCCUGCUCUGAGAUGCAGGGCAUGCUCUCCGGCCUGCUCCCAGACUCCCAGAUUUCGGCGUCUUCGGUGCGGGACAUCCACUGGUCCCCCGGCUCGGCCCGGCUGGUGGCCAGCAGGUCAGGGUGGUUCCCCCACCCCACCCAACCUGUGGCAGGGGAGGAGUGGCUGCAGGUGGACCUGGGAGUCCCCAAAAACGUGCGGGGCGUCAUCACCCAGGGAGCACGCAGCGGGGAGGGCAGCACCAGCGCCGAGAACCGGGCCUUCGUCAGGAAGUACCGCCUGGCCCACAGCCUGAACGGCAAGGACUGGAACUUCCUCAUGGACAUCAAGACCAGCCUCCCCAAGAUUUUCGAGGGGAACACAAACUACGACACACCAGAAAUCCGCAGGUUCGAGGAGAUCCCCGCCCAGUUUAUCAGGAUUUACCCAGAGAGGUGGUCUCCCGCGGGCAUUGGCAUGCGACUCGAGGUGCUGGGCUGUGACCUGCCAGAGACCACCUCCCUCGCAAAUAUGGCCACAACCACACCCACCCCGCCCCUCCCAGCAGAGAGCAGCACCGCCCGGAGAGUGGGGCCGGUUCCUGCCACCACCCCGUCCCCCCUCAGUGGCCUGUGUGACUUCCAGCAGAACCUGUGUGGGUGGACGCACGACCCCGCAGCCGACCUCAACUGGGCCCUGCACAGCAGCGGUGGUUCCCCCGGCUCUGGGCCCAGCCAGGACCUCUCUCUGGGCUCUGACGAUUUCGGUAACUACCUGUACAUGGAGGCGAGCCCCAAGACGGAGGGCCAACGGGCGAGGUUGCUGAGCCCGGAGGUGGCGCCAGAGAGGGGGCCCAUCUGCUUGCUGUUCUCCUACCAGCUGAGGGGCGAGGGCAUGGGCACCCUGAGAGUCCUGCUCCGGGAUACUGACGAAGAGGAGACCCUGCUGUGGGCCCUCAAGGGGGACCAGGGGCCCCUCUGGAGGGAGGGACGCACUAUCCUGCCCCGCUCACCAAAAGAGUACAAGGUCGUCGUAGAAGGCUUUUUCGAUUACGGCAGCCGGGGCCACAUCUGGAUCGACAACAUCCACCUGAGCACCAGCACGCCGCUGGAGGAGUGCACCCAACCGUUUGCCGCCUUCCCUCCAGACAUGACCGAUCACAGACCCGUGGACUUCGGAGACGAGCGUCUUUUCAACGGAAGGGACCACGGGGACAGAGGGUUCCCCUUCCAGGAGUGGAGCACGCCUGGCCCCUCCCCCGAUCCCCCCGUGACGCGGGUGUCGGAGAAGGACAACUCGUGGCUGUACACGCUGGACCCCAUCCUGGUGACCAUCAUCGUCAUGAGCUCCCUGGGGGUGCUGCUGGGGGCGGUGUGCGCCGGCCUGCUGCUGUACUGCACCUGCUCCUACAACGGCCUCUCCUCCCGCAGCUCCACCACUCUGGAGAACUACAACUUCGAGCUGUACGACGGCAUCAAGCACAAGGUCAAGAUCAACCAGCAGCGCUGCUGCUCGGAGGCCUGAGGGGGGCGCCGCCGAGGCCACCGCGUGCCAGCCCCAAAACCCCAAAAACAAGACACUUUCUCGCUCUAUCUCUCUCUCUCUCUCUCUCUACCGUCCUUCUCCCUCUGUAUCUCUCUCUUACCUGUGGGAGAGCGCCUCUUCGACGGAGGACAGAACAAACCACACCCACAAGCAUUGACCCACCUGCUGCUGAGGAGGAGGCGGACUUUUAGGCUGCGGGGUACGGGGGGGUGGGGUCACUUAGAGCUGCUCCCAGUGGACUGUUUCCGUGAGUGCUAAAAUCUGAAAAAUAUCAAAACAUAUCAAUUUAAUGCCUAUCCCAAAAAAUAUAUAUAUUAAGUAUAGAUUUUUAAAGAUCUACUUUUUAAGGUGGCUUAAGUUCAGGCAAGUGAUGGGAGGACUGUUUAGACAGGUGGUCACUUGUGAAACCGUAACCUCCACCAUGUAAAAGCAGUGCCCUAGGACUUUCUUACUUUGUGAGCUGUUUCAUUUGGUUUUAGCCCCAUGUCCCCAUAGAGUACCAGCUUAAGUUUUUCUCCCUGUCGUCAUCUGUGCUAUAUUUAGAGCUCGUUCUUUUCGUGUUGACUGCCAGUCUUACGCCUCUUAAGUUCAGUGUGUUUGUAAUAUAUGAUGCUUUGGUUUAGGACUGUUGCCAGCCCAUUAAAGGAAAUGAUAGGACAAGAAAGGAAAAGAAAAAAAUUGUCCGGAAUCAGAGACAAAAUGGCGGGCUACACAAGUUAGGUUAACCAGAAGGCUUGUCUUUGACGUUUUAUUUUUUUGUAAGAAGGAUAUACGCACACAGUCGUGGUGAUUGUGUGGCCUUGAGGAUUAUUUCAGUGCAACCUAUGGAUUGCGGAGAGUCGGAGCCUCGGAGAUGUCGGUUGUGGGUCUACACACUUGCAUCAGAGACCGGAGACUCGCUCUCGAGAGAAGGAGAGAAACAAAGAAGGAGAAACGGAAGGAGAGAGCAUGUUCUCCCUCCCGAAGUCUAACUAACGCCAGCUCCCCGCGUACUGGACAAAAGAAUUCAAAAAACAAAAGGGGGGACAGACAAUGGAAGCUGGAAAAACAAAGAGACUUUCUUGGACACACUAUUGAGCCUUAAGGAAACUGUGGAGGACAGCCAUUGGGAAAGUCCAGUUCCUGGAUAAUGCCCACUGAGGCCUUCAGAGGAUUAGGCCUUAUGCUUUCUUCAUUUCCCUUUUGUUGAUUGUUUUUUUUUUUUCUUUGAUAUUCCUUCUGAAGGUUAAUGGGACGCAGGUUUUUGCAUUUGUGUCAAUCUGCGACCAGUCCUGUGAUCGGUUUGCCCCUGGAUUUCUUACUGUGUUGAAAAUCGAAAGAGAACUGUAAAACUUUCCUUCUGUACCUCAGACCCAGAUCAGACCCCACGUACACACGUACGCACACACACACACACACACACACACACACACACUCACUCACACACUCGGGCACACACACUCGGGCACACGCUCACGCGCUCGAGCCGAACAGGAGCAGAGGCCCGGGCGGAGCAGGGGCGCGAGUGUUUGGAUCCGGGGGAGCUGAUUAAAAGGUGCUGAAAGACGCCGGAGAUGAGGAUCGUUCAGCUGUCGGGCCGAGAUGGCGCAUCGAGCUCCCUUUUCACGAGU